CACGGAUCACUCCCACGGCAGAUUUACGUGAAGCUCUUCCUUGUUUAGGUUGAGCUUCAUCUGCCUGCGAAGAUGGAUCCUGCACAUCGGCGUUGUCUGCAUAUUGUGGCGUUUGUCUGCAUUUGUCUUUCGUACGCAGGCUGCUUCGUUUCCGCGCACUUAGCGCCUCCGUUUACGGAAGAAUGCCGCACCGGCAUGUACCCACCUAAAGGUCCAACGUUCAAAGGUGCAGUCACCUGGUAUACAGUAGACCUCAACUUACCUCCCAGCAAGAGAUGGGCUGCAGUGAUCAGUGACAAAAAAGCUGAGCUGGUCGCCAUGAUCCAGGUGAUACGCGACUUGGCCAACGCUUUCGUGCCCAGCGGGAAGCUCAUCGAUAUUGUAGACAAGGACCUGCCGCUUCUUGUGGACACGCUGCCGUAUCCUUUCAACGAGGAGAUCCGUGGAAUCGCAGCAGUUUCUGGGGUGCCUCUCGGAGAGGUCGUGCUGUUUAAUAUCUUUUAUGAGGUGUUCACCGUCUGCACUUCAGUUGUGGCAGAAGAUUCCAAGGGAAGUUUGUUCCAUGCUCGAAAUCUGGACUUUGGGUUGUUUAUGGGGUGGGACGUGAAGAAUAAGACGUGGAUCGUGACAGAGAAGCUGAGGCCACUGGUGGUCAAUGUGGACUUCAGGAGGAACAACCAGACUGUCUUUAAGUCGACCAAUUUUGCUGGCUACGUGGGCAUGCUAACAGGCAUCCGUCCUCACGUCUUUACCUUGACCAUGAACGAGCGCUUCAGCCUUGAUGGGGGCUACAUCGGGAUCCUGGAGUGGAUCCUAGGCCAGAGGGAUGGGAUGUGGAUGAGCUUCCUCACACGGUCUGUGCUGGAGAACGCCACCAGCUACGAGGAGGCCAAGAAACUGCUGUCUCAGACCAAACUGCUGGCACCAGCCUAUUUCAUCCUUGGUGGGAACCAGACUGGUCAAGGUUGUGUGAUAACCAGGUCCAGGACCCUCAGCUUGGACAUCUGGGAGCUUGACCACAGCCUAGGAAGGUGGUAUGUGUUGGAGACUAACUACGACCAUUGGAAGGAGCCGCUGUUCGUGGACGACCGCAGGACCCCAGCCAUGAAAUGCAUGAAUCAGACCACACAGGCGAAUAUUUCACCCAAGACACUGUAUGAUGUUCUUUCAACAAAACCAGUUCUGAACAAGUUGACCACCUACACGACGUUGAUGGAUGUAUCCACGGGCCUCUUGGAGGCCUACCUUCGGGACUGCCCCGAUCCCUGCUCGCCGUGGUGAAGCACCCUUUGACAAAUCUGGUCCCAGAGCAGCUUCAGUCUUGGGCAGAUCAUGGACCAGUGCUUUGGGUAGCUUGCUCUUUACUAACGUACCUCUCCCACACCUCAGGCUUGUGUACUGGCUGCUGGGACAGCCUCAAAGUGCCAUGAUGAAUAUUGUCUGAAUUGUUUCUUUAAUGAAGUCUGGCAGCAAUCUAUAGGUGGAUGUUUUUCUGUCACUGAACACAAUGAAUCACCCCAUAUCCAGUUUUUACUAUGGUUCUGCUUUCGCACAUGGUGACCACAAAGGCCUUGAGCUACAUCUGGCACUGGAUACCUUCCAUACUCAUUCGCUGUAAAAAAAAAAAAAUCUCCCAGAGUCACAUUUCCACAAAUGGAGUAUAGUUGGACAUUUCUGGGUAUAUCUACUCAUUUCCUUUUCAAUUUGUUUAACAUGCACUAAAUAUUAUACUAAUACAAAUUAAACUUAAGUUGGACUGAGUAGGCUGGUUUCAUAACAUAUCAAGCUGCAAUAGGUACAGCACCUGGAAGUAUCUGUGAUCCAUGUGCUUGUGUCCUUUGCUCUGAGGGUCCAAAUUAAAGUUUGGUAGCAUUACGGAGUGAAUUAACACAGGUGUAGGGGUUGUCUGGAGUGUGAUCAGCCAUCUACAGUAGGUCAAAAUAGGUCUUGUCUCACUUAAAAUUUAGCCCAUAGCGGAGUCUAACGAUGUAGGAAAGCACUUAUUCAUGAUGCAGUGUCUAUGGAAAUGAUUGAUUUAUUGCACAUCAAGAUUGGAAAUAAAUUCUCAGCCACGUUG